GUUUUCGUACGACGAUUAGUUUUUCCCCGGUGAGAACCAAGUGAGGCAAAAGACGAGAGGAGCGAUCAUCAGAGCUAGAAGAAAAGGAAAAAAGAAAGGAUCUUCCAUGGACAAUAUCUGAGAACCCAAACCCAUCUGGUAAUUUAAAAUCCUGAUCUGGGAAGCCCGAUCUUCCUUUAGGGAAUCUUAAACUUCGUCGAGAUUUCAAUGGUGUUGGUAUUGGCAUUGGGGGAUCUUCAUGUACCCCAUAGAGCGGCUGAUCUACCCCCAAAGUUCAAAUCCAUGCUUGUUCCUGGCAAGAUUCAACACAUCAUCUGCACUGGAAACCUCUGCAUCAAAGAAAUCCAUGACUACUUGAAGACUAUCUGCCCUGAUUUGCAUAUAGUUCGAGGUGAGUUUGACGAAGAUGCACGAUACCCUGAGACUAAAACUUUGACUAUUGGCCAAUUCAAGCUGGGACUGUGCCACGGCCACCAGGUGAUCCCAUGGGGUGAUUUAGACUCACUAGCCAUGCUUCAGAGACAGCUCGACGUGGACAUACUUGUAACAGGACAUACCCACCAGUUCACAGCCUACAAACACGAGGGAGGAGUUGUCAUAAACCCGGGCUCUGCGACUGGAGCUUAUAGCAGUAUAAACCAAGAUGUUAACCCCAGCUUUGUUCUUAUGGAUAUCGAUGGUCUUCGAGUUGUGGUCUAUGUCUAUGAGCUCAUCGAUGGCGAGGUUAAAGUCGACAAGAUCGAUUUUAAGAAGGCCUCCACUUCCACUUCUGCUCCUUAGCGCCUUUAACAAACUGAACCCCUUUGUAUGUUUUCAUCUGGAAUCACUUUUGAAAUUUGAAACUUUCUAUAGCUUCUUUGUGAAAAUAAUGUUUAAAUAUUUGGAACUUGAACCACUGAGAACAAUGUUUUGCAAGUCAUUUGAAGUUUAUAGACUUUUGUUUAAGGGUCGACA